CAGUUUUGGAAAAAUAAAAACUGUAACAUUACAAAUGUCGGAUGUGUGUUGUGUGAUUCUUAUUGUUUAUAUUCAGUAAAUGAAACAUUUAUUCAGUACCGAAUAAAAUGCGACAUUUUUUAAUCGUUCAUGGAUAUCUUACAUUAUAAGUUAUUAUUGAAACGAAUUGUAAAAUAAUGUAAUUGAUGAAAUCCAAGAAUUUCUUAAAAUGUGAAUAUUUUUCGUAUUUGGCGUAGUGCCAUAGUAUAAACAGCAAAUUUAUCAGAAAUAGGCACGAUGAAGUGGUUUGAGAUUUUUAUUAUGUCGUUGCUAUGCGCAAACGGGGUGCUCUCAUACUGUCCCUCACUGUGUGUAUGCAAAAGUAAUAAGGCAGGCGAGGGGGCAUCAGCGGAACCACUGCCGGGAGAACUCAAGCUCAAGUGCGGUGGAAGUCCAGCACCGAUAACUGAACUUAAGGAAAUCGACCUGAGCAAGCUGUGGACCAUUGUAGUUAGUCUUAAUUUAUCCGGCAAUGCUAUUUCUACAUUGUCGAGAGAGCUGUACUUGCCAAAUCUACAGAAACUAGAUUUAAGCAGAAACCAGAUAUCAUUAAUAGAAUCGGAUGCAUUUUACAAUAUGACAGCUUUGCAAAAGUUAGACCUAUCGCAGAACCACAUCAGUAAUGUGUACAAGGAAAUGUUUAAAAGCUUAAUCAAUUUAGAGAGAUUGAUCCUGGCACAGAAUCAGAUAUCUGUAAUGGCAUCGGGCACUUUUGAUUAUCUAGUUGCAUUGAAGCAUUUAGACAUAACAGAUAAUCCUCUUAUUUGCAACUGUGACUUACUUUGGGUGAGUGACUGGGUACGAAUCACCAGGGUAAAACUUGUGGGUAAUCCAAAAUGUGCCUUCCCCGAGCACAAGACAAAUACAACUAUAAAAAAACUGAAGAUAUCAUUAGAUUUAAAAGCCUGCAGUAAUGCUUUACCCAUGACUUCAUUGAUCGCCAAGCCGAGCCACGAUCAAGUAGUUUUCGAAGGGGAUUCCUUGGUCUUGACUUGCAAUGCACCAUUCGCAUCAGGCCUAAUUAAAUAUACAGUUAAAUGGGUGCACCCAUUGCUUGAAAUAUGUGAUGUUAAUGUUACUUACACUGACAUACAAGAGGAAGCAGUUGCUGAGACCACAAUAUAUUUCUCGAAUAUAACUAACCAUCAUGCAGGAAACUGGACAUGCAUGUAUAGUGACCAAAACAAUGUGUACCACAACUACACCAUAAAUGUUUAUGUGAUAUCAAAUUCGACACAGUUCUGUGAGAUUAAACACACAAUGACAAAUAAAGGAUUGUACUCAUGGCCACAGCUACUACUGAACCGCACAUCUUCAGUACCGUGCCGCAGUGGAGAAGGCAUGGCACACAGAUAUUGCCAUGGGAAUGGUACUUGGGGUGAAGUGGACACAUCCGAAUGUGCAUACAUAAGUAAUGUGACGAAAUUGCUUCAGCAGUUUGCACUGUUGAAUGUGAGUUUAGUUCAGUAUUCAGCAGUGAAUGCUACGGAGAGACUGGCAAUGUUGAUACAGGAGAAGACAUAUCCUUUGGCUGAGAUUACAGACCCAGAUGAUGUUAUGUUCAUAGCACGAGCAAUUAGGAAUUACAUGCAGUAUAUUGCUGAAGAAAGAGAUCUGGGUUCCGCAUUAUUAGAUGUGAUAAGUGCAGUGAUGAACAUAUCAAUGCCAGUUCUCGCCAAAGCCGAGACCAAGUACGGAGCAUGCACAGAUAUGAUGAAUGCUGCAGAGGAUAUAUCCGCUUAUAUUAACAAUGUUCACGGACAAAAGUCAAAUUUAGCGAUAGAACGUUUUCGAGUGAGCGAGGGCUUCGGUGGAGCGACGUGCGUGUGGUACAGCGGGGGCGAAGUCCGAGGGGCAGAGCCUCCGAGACUGCACUGCACGGCCACCAACAGAACCGUUGCGCCCCUGUUCACACUAUCCGACACGCUCAUACAUGCAACUGUGCAGAUACCCCAAUCUCUGAUCUUCAGCACGACAGAAUCUGGUGCCCUCGUUCAGAUGAAGCCUUCGGACCUGGUGGUGUCGGUGUACGAGCACGCGGCGCUGUUCCCGCUGCUGCCGACCCUGGACGACGACGCCACGCUCACGGGCCACCGGUCGAAGGACUAUUAUGGCAGGAGCACCAAGCGGGAAGACAUGAACAUCGAGAUCACCUCACCGGUUGUCGGAUUUCAACUCAAGGGUACGGAGUGGUCGGGCGAGCUAGUGGAGCCAGUACUGGCGGGAGUGCGCGCUCGGCCCGGCGCUCGCACGCACGUAGCACUCUGGGACGCGCACACUCGCCACUGGACGCUUAACCAUACAGAUUGUCGCAUAUCGCACGCAGUGUCCGAGAUGGUGAUCAUAAGCUGCAGCCGGCUGGCGCGCGUGGGGCUGGUGCAGAACGUGGAGACCGGCAUCUACGGCGCCCGCACGGACGGCGCGCGCUUCAAGGUGUCGCACCCCGCCGUGUACGUGGGCAGUCUGCUGCUGGGCGGCUGCCUCGCCUGCGCCGCCAUCACCUACGCCACGUGCCACGCCGACAUACUGAUGCCGAACAAAACCAAGCACGCCCUCGUCAACACCUGGGUGGCCAUCUGUCUGCUCUGCUUCAUGUACACCCUCGGCAUCUACCAGACUGAGAACGUCAGGCUGUGCCAAGCGCUGGGACUGCUCAUACACUACCUGUCGCUGUGCUGCUUGCUGUGGAUGUGCGUGUCGGCCAGCAACAUGUACAAGUGGGUGACGCGGGCCGACGGGCCGCCCAGGACGCCCGAGGACGAGCUACCGCCGGACGCGCCCGCGCACAAGCCCAUACUGGGACUGUACCUGGUCGGCUGGGGCAUAGCGCUCAUAGUCUGCGGCAUCUCCGGAGCCGUUAACAUCAAGGACUACGCCGGCUACUCGCAGUGCUUCCUCAGCACGGCCCCGGCGCUGAGCGCGCUGUUCGUGCCCGGCGGCAUCCUGUUGAUGUUCCUGUUGGUGCUGUUCGCGCUCAUACGCUGCACCAUCCGGAACAUGAACGUGCAGCUGUCGGAGGGCACGCAGGCCACCGAGAACGUCGACCUGGAGAUGUGGGAGCCGCAGGUGCAUGACCGCGCGGAGAGGAGGAGCGUGAAGUCGGCGCCGGACUCGGAGAGCGAGGACGCGGAGCACUCGCCCAUCGUGCAGCUGCGGGCGCACGUGAUCGUGGCGUGUCUGUACGUGGCGGUGUGGGCGUGCGGCGCCGUGGCCGUGUACCGGCCGCUGCCCGCCUACCUGCCGUACCAGGAGGACAUCUGCAGCAUCGUGUACGCCGUGUGCGCCACCGUGCUCGGCACCUUCGUGCUGUUCUUCUACGGCAUAGCGCGCAGUGACGUCAGGGCGCAGUGGGCACUCGUGCAUUGCUAUUUUCAAAAAAGUAAACAGUGCUGCAGAAACAGGAGCGUGUUCGACGCGAACCAGCGCAACGUGCCCGCAGAUCCCUCCGGAGCCGCCGCCCCCGCACCCCUGCCGAACGACAACCGGUCGCGGUCCGGCAGCCGGAGCUCCGGCAGGACCAACCCCAAGACCAACAACGGCGGCACGUACAAGGCGGGCGCUGAACUCAACGGGCAGACUCUACACAAGGACGUGUUGAAGAACACGAAUGGAAAAACUCCGAACAUAAACCUGGUUGUGCUGCACCGCCAACAGUACCGGUCCAACAACUCCAUGCUCACGUACCCCGACGCCAGCACCGUGGCCCCCGAUAUAUUCUACAACCCCAACCAGAUGAAUGUCGCCAAGAAGUUCUUCAAGAAGCAACGGCAGAACAUGAAGAGGAACUGCCUUGAGUUGCCGACGAGAAAUGACUACGACAACGACUCGCACUUCUCGCUGCCGCUGCCCACUAAGGAGGCGUACAGCGGGAUGGCCAACAUAAUCAACUCUGGGUCCAAGGUCAACAAUACGAACAUACACGUUGAGCGGUCCAACAAUGGCAUCAAGGAGACCCGCAACGUCGCCAACCCGAACCUUCUGGAAGACGAACACAAGGACUACAAAAGCUACACGAACGAUAAGAAGACUUGGAAUAAAAACGAAGAUCCGAAAACGGACAGAAGCCGAGUGAUGAAUAUUUAUACCAAUGUGCCAGAGACUCAAGUGCCGCAGCAUCAGGUCAUCAAAGCGAACGCGCCCAGCAACCUCAAUGCUCAGCGGAGCAGCGUAUCGGAGGAGUGCCUGCAGAGUCACGCCGACCGCCCGGAGAUGAGGACCAUAUCGCAGCAGUGCAGUCUGGAGUACAGCUCGGCGUCGGAGAUAGCGAUGCCGCACACCUGCUCCGACCAAACAUUGAACACGCACUCGGAAAUGACGUCACUGCAGGAAACGCACAGCGCUUUGUGCUCCACCAACGAGAUCACCGACACGGAGAGCUUCGGCCAGUACAUAGAUUACAUGCAGCCCAACAAGGGCCAAGACGGGAAGGAGAACAAGGACAAGUCGCUGCAGGACAUAUCGGAGGAAUGCACCAUGAAUAGCGACGACGCCGCUCGCUCCGGGAGUCCGCAGCAUCCGGACGCCGGGGAACUCGACAAUCUGCUUCAGGAUCCAGAGCUAGGGUCGAAAGAUAAACUGGACGACGACAAAGACACGUUUUUCUUGGCGAAAACAACGUACGACUUCGAAACGUGCAGCACGAACGCGAGCGAACAGGGCUUCGAGAACGACAGUGACAUUUACUGUCCCAACUACCAGAUGUCCGAAGUGAGCAUACGGAGCCACGGCCUGUACGCGCCCUCCCCCUCGUCCAUGUGCCCAAACGAAAUAAGCUUCAGCACAGAGGACGUUUCUAACAUAGAGAACCAGUACGUCAACUACGAUCCCGGAUGGCGGAAAACGAUAAAGAGCAAUCCGAAAUUGGGGAAGUACGUGCCCACUCCCGCGCUCAGCUGUCCCGAUGUCAACAGGGACAGCAGCCCGGUGUCGUUCGCGAGCGAGAUAGACGAACUGUACACUCAGAUCACGAGUAGAGAGCGAGACAAGGACAGAAUUAGUCGGAAGGACACCUGUUUAGAUGUGACUUUGAACAGUGACGUCACGCUGCGGCCUGACAGUGACAGUUGUGCGAGCGAGGGCGAAGGUCGCGGGGAAACCGCCCUGUGAUCUCUCGGUGUUCAGUGAAGGCAUUUGUGAUGAAGUGAUGUGACCGCAAACAUUUAAAAGUGUUAAACGAAUUCUUUAUUCAGCUCUUACAAGUUAUCAAUGUGAGGAGUUGAUCGCACUUAUACAAGUGUUCAGACGGCCUUACUAGUAGCUCAUUUCAAACUAAAUUUUGUAGUUUAAUUUUCUAGUUUUAAGUUUUGUAAAUUGUGUAUAUUUAUUUAAGAUUUCCUAAACAAACGAAGUCUGAUGAAAACAUUUUUUCUAUCGUCCGCGUGUCGAGUAUUAUCACUUAGUUUAAGAGUCAACAGAUGUGCCAAAUUGUUGUCGUUCGUUUCAUCAUUUUCUCGAUAAAUUGUAACGAUUAUCGAUACCUUAACGACCGGAUCGACCCGACCGCCUCACCUCUAGUCCUAACGGGAUAUAAGACUUAGUUAUAUUAACUCCACUAAAACUAUUAAGGCGUGUUUACACGAGAAGACGAAUGCUUGACGGUGAACUUUGGUGUGGCCAUAUGACAACCAGUUUUUACAUUUGUUGAAAGAUUUGUGGUAGUUAAGCGAAAUCGUUCAACGAUUUUUUUAUUGAAAAAAACAUUUUUACUGUAAGUAUUGUUAAUGAAAAAAAAAUUUGCUUAUGGUCAAUAAGGCUUUUUGAUGUGACGUCACCAGUGACCAUACUCUCGACGUUAUGAUGACGUCACAAGUUCCAGUGUACCGUCAAGCACGCUCGUACGUUUUAUGGCUUAUCGAAAAUUAUAAGAAACUUGUGUUUUCCAUUGUGUGUGCCUAUGCUAAAUAUUAUUUUGGCCUAUUAAUUAUUGAAAUAAUUUUAGCGAUAUAUUCGAGUUGAUUAAUUACAAAAAAAAUAUAAAAAUCGAUCAUUAUUAUUUGACUUGCGAUUUAUGAUGCAUAUGCGUUAGUGGCCUUUUAUAAUCAGGAUCACAGUUCCGACGGAGGUCGAAACUGGUAAUAUUAUCAACAUCCACAUAUUCAUACAAAAUUUGGCUCGUUAAAGAAAAAAAUUGUUCGUAAAUCUUAAAAAUGUGGUUUUUAUAUCAAUAUUCAAUCAAUAUCGAGCAGUGAAUGCUACCUUUAAAAUCUUUGUUCCUGCACUAAGUUGAUACUUUUUUCUUUUAAAAUCCUAUAUGGAAAUGAGUCUUUAUAAUUUGUCGAAUUCGGCAGCUCGACAAUAACAUUUUUAUUGAUCACUAUGACGUUCUAUCGAUUUAAUAUUCUGUACCGCGUAUGGAUGAUAAAAGAAAUCGUAGGAAUAGAAUCUCAAAUGAAAUUGCAAUGGUGAUUAAUGAUGUAACAGUAGUUUUGUGUUUAUGUAUUAGAAAAAAAAAAACAGCACAAAUAUUUUCAUGCAUCAAAUUAAUAUUUAUAUCCACAAUAUUAGUAGAUAAAUGCAAUCUUAAUAAAAAAACUAUGGAGCUAUUGUGAUAUACAGAUCUUCCAUUUUAAUUAAAUAUACAUUCGGAAUACCGCGAGAUGUGUAUUAACUUUAGUUAUUUUUAGUGUAAAUUUACAAUAGAUAUGAGUUAAAAUAUGGGACGUUUUUUUUUGGAGCCGCGUUUUUCAUCUGUUCUCGCAAAUAAGGUCUGAGACUAUAUCGAGCGUAACGAAUUAUCGCGAUACUUUGCGAUAAGGUCAGCGCGGUAUAAGAGUAACGAUUUAUAACACAUGUUUUUUUAAUCACAUAUUGCACAUACGGUGCGAUAUCGUCACUUAUGCAAUUUUAUGUAAUUUUUCAUGAGAAACGUUGGAAAAUUCAACAUUUUAUAUAGUUCUGCUAGACUAUAGAAAUAAAAUAAUAUUUAAACUACAACUUUAAACUAAAUCAGUAAAAGCAAACAUCUCUCGCGUCUCUUUCAUAACUAUUAACAAAUGUAUUUUCUAAUAAUCAGUUCAGUGUUAACAAAAAUUGUAUAAGUGACUUUAUAGCACCGUAUGUGCGAUAUAUGUAGUCUCUUAGUUGAAUAAUGGCUGUUUUGCCUUCAAAUAGAACGCACACCUCUUAGGCCUUUGCGCUAUUGGCAGAGUGGUCGUGGUCAUCAGUUCGGGUGAUGGUGCGCUUCACAAGACGCCACUACUGCUCGCGUGUAGCUGCCCUUGUGCACUCGUUAACGGGACCUUUUACAGCUGCCUUAAUUUGGUCGGUCUAUCGUAACGGUGAUCCGCCGCACGGUCUUAUACCCUCAAUAAUGCCAUACAUUACUGCUUUAUAAAUAGUCAGGGUGGUGGUACCUACCCUUGUGUGCUCACGCUUUACCACCGCUAAAACUAAUUUACCCAACAAGCAGCCAGUGGUUAGGCCACGCAAUUGUGUAAACUCUAAUAUAGACCCGUACAUCUCACGGUAUUUCACAUGUAAAAGUGUUUUUGUAAGUGUCUUCAUUAGGGCAGUAACCAAAAAAUAAUAUGGAAUUUAACGACAAAAAAAAACCCUUAUAUAGCAUACGGAACUAACAAGACAUUUAUUUAUUUAUUCUGUUGGUACUGGUCAGGAUAUUAAAGCGAAAUUAUAAAAUUACUGUUUUGUCAACGGUACCUGAUGCGAAUACUUUUGCAACAUUUGUUAAAAUUAAUCGGACAUCGAAGUCUAAUGAACUAAUGAACUAACGUUUAAAGGUUCCGUUACAUACAAAUAAUGAAAGCGUGUUAAAAUUAGUCCUACAUAGCUUUAUCAAAGUUUAAUGGGCUGGAGUAACUUUUAAGUCGAGCGAGUUUCUUCCAUCUUAUUGUAACGACACGUAACAUGUAACAGUAGAAAAAAAAUUGUAGAAAAUUGAAAAAUAUAUCAUGUUUAUGUACAUAAUAUUAUUAUUAUUGUAAUUGAUAGAGUGAACAAAAAAUUUUAUCGAGAGAGGUUAGGCUUUUUGUGGGCAUUUUGCGUAAUAAAAGAGGCAUUUGGCAAUGUG